AUGAAAACGGGUACUGCCGAAUCGGCCAAGACCAAGGCCCACCUGGAGACAGUCAGCUCAUGCAUAACCAAUAUCUUGGGCUUCUCUGACUACGAAGAGAAGAUCGGAGAGCAUCAGUUCAUCGAUGUACUUGCAGACCUACCCCAAUCAUAUUACAACCAUCCCGAUUUCGCGGUCUAUUCGGCUCAGAAACAGGCCCAUCAGGAGGGAAGACCUGUGGAAUACUCCCCUGAGGGCUGGAAACUCGAUCGAUUCAAGUUCUUACCCAUGGUCGAUAAGGCUUACCAGAUGCGUCCACAUGCUGAUUGGUUUGUCUUCAUUGAAGCUGAUGUGUACUACUUCUGGGACACACUCUUCCGACUCCUCCACCAGCUGGAUCCGUCCAAGCCACAUUACAUGGGAUCGCCCGCUCCUGGCCGAGACGGGACCUACUUCGCAUACGGAGGUGCCGGAUUCGUGAUCUCUCGCGGUCUCAUGAAGGAGCUGAUGGCAGACUCGACACAGCUGAGCGUGCAGUACCAGGAAUAUGCUGUGAAUGACUGCUGCGGUGAUGCCGCCCUUGGGUACGCUAUAAUGAACCAGACCGGCGUACGGUUACAAGCACUAUACCCAACUUUUGCUGGGGAUGAGCUCGUUGGGAUCAAGGUGAACCAGGAGAGGUGGUGUAUCCCCCUCCUUGCGCUUCACAGAAUAUCGCCUGAGCAGAUGAAGUCACUUUGGACGUGGGAGAGGACACGGGUAUAUGACCAGGUUCGUGGAGGUGUGCUGACGGUCAAAACCCGAUCACUGACAAUGAGACAGCUGCCCUUCACACAUUCCACCAUACUCGACUACACUUUGUCGGACAUCCACAAGACCCCACAACGGACAUCUUGGGAUAACUUUGCCGACGUUAUCCCCCGGGAGGACUCACCCGUGCAUGCGAAUAUUGCCCAGUGCAGCGCGGAAUGUGCCUCUGACCCUCGCUGUUUGCAAUAUUCAUAUUCUCCGGGCACCUGUAGGUUGGGAUAUUUUGUGCAGAUGGGGCGACCCGUGUCCGAGUCCGACCAUAUUUCUGGCUGGGACUUGGAAAAGGUGUACAAAUUGGGCUAUCAGAAAGACCCAGAUAAGUCAACUUCUUGCAAAGAGGCCACAUGGGCCAAGCCCAUUCUUGGGUACUAG